CGGGAGGGGAACGAGCACCGCCCCGCCAUUGGCUGUCCCGCCGGGGCAGUCACGGAAGGGAGCUCUGAUUGGCCUGCGGCGGGCAGGCUGCUCGCUGAUUGGCUGCGCGGGCGGCGGGAGAUUCGUGACGGCGUGAGGGCCCUGUGGCGGCCUGAGGGCCCUGUGGCGGUGCCCCGCUCUGUCCGUCCCUGUGUCCCGCUGUCCGUGUGUCCGGCUGUCCUCCCCUCGCUCCUGCUCCGUGGCACCCCCCCGGCUGCACCGUGACCCGCUCCCGGUGGUUUUUUCUCCCCCGGGCCUCAUCCAUGGAGCGGCUCCCUGUGAGCGGAGAGCGCGCAAUGGUUUGGAGCCCUUCAGUCGAGGUCCGUCACAGCCAUGAUUGAUGUCGAUAAUUAUCACAGAUAAUUAUGGGAUGUGCUGCUCACUGCUGUGCUGUGUCAGGAGAUGGACUGGGACCAGUUUGACCUGAACCCUAAAACAAUUGCUGCCCUGAAAAAAGCUGACAUCAAAUCAGUAAAAGAGAUUUUAAACCUGUCUGGAGCAGACCUGCAGAGGUUGAUGAAGCUCUCCAGUGCAGACACCCAGUGCCUGCUGAAAACAGUCUCUCACACACUGAGGAGGAACAGCAUGCUCACAGCACUUCAGCUCUACCAAGAUAAAGAUCCUGUCACCUCCCAGCACCAGAAGCUGAGCCUGGGGUGUGCAGUGCUGGACAGCUUGUUGAAAGGAGGCAUUCCUUUGGUGGGAAUCACAGAGCUGGCUGGGGAGAGUUCUGCUGGGAAGACUCAGCUUGGUUUGCAGCUGUGCCUGUGUGUGCAGUACCCGUACAAGUACGGGGGCUUGGAGUCUGGAGCUGUCUACAUUUGUACAGAAGAUGUGUUCCCAAGCAAACGUUUGCAGCAGCUCAUAGACCAACAGCAGAAGCUGCGUGCAGAUGUUCCAGCUGAAAUCAUACAGAAGAUCAGAUUUGGAAACAAUAUUUUUGUUGAGCAGGCAGCAGACCUGGACACGUUCCAGCAGUGCCUGGCCAGGCUGUCCCUGCUGCUGGCGCGGGGCAUGGCGCGCCUCGUGCUCGUCGACUCCAUGGCCGCGCUGUUCCGCGCCGACUUCGGCCCGGCCGACGCUGCCCUCAAGGCUCGGUACCUGCAGGCCUUUGGGGCUCGGCUGCACAGCCUGAGCACCAGCUUCAGGACUCCCAUCGUGUGCAUUAACCAGGUGACGGACGCAGUGAGCGAGUCGGAAGCUGCUCAGUGCAGCUGCAGGGUGGUGGGCAGCAGAGUGACUCCAGCCCUGGGGAUAACCUGGUCCAACCAGCUGCUGGUGAGGCUGAUGGCCCGGCGGCUGUGGCUGCCCCAGCCCUCCCCUGCAGCAGCAGCAGCACCUGGCCCUGGCAGCAGGAGGACUUUAAGUGUUGUUUUUGCUCCUCAUCUCCCUCCAUCCUUCUGCUACUACACAGUGCAGCUGGAAGGUGUAAAAGGAAUAAAGUAACACUUUUGCAUAGUAAAGGCUCCUGCUCCAACAACGUACCAGGACUUUGCUUCAGGAAGAAUUACUGGUGAAAUGCAAUUGUUCCUAGAUGAGAGAAGCUGAUGGUGAGGUCUGUGAACAAUGGUAUGGCUACAUUUAGCCUUGUCUGCAUUGUGCAGAAUUGUCUUUUUACUCUUGGAUAUUCAGCUUUUCCUUGGGAGAUGAGCACCCUGGAGGUUCUGAAGGAAAGGGAAGCUGUGGCCAGGUGGAGGCUGCACAAUGGAGUGGGAUGUAGCAAUCCCCAGGAUGGGGGAGAUCUGAUGUCUCAUUUUAUUCUAAUAGCAUGCUCAUCUAGAAACAGCAUUUACUGUAGUUUUGUACCCUGUUUCCAGACCCAACAGGACUUGAAAUUCAACCAGUUUAUGUUGCCUGCUGGUGGUUCUGGGUCUCAUGCUGCCAAUUAAGGAUAGCCAUUCUUUGUCACAAAGCAGCUGGCCUAUUUUAAAACCAUUUGUUAUUAAGAUUUUAAAGAAAACAAUCCCAUAAAGGUACUUUAACAUAUUACUGUAAGAAUUAAAAUUGCACUGCCUUUGUACUAGAUGAGUGUAUCUAGCUUCACAGAACUCUUUAAAAAUUUUUAAUGGUUCAUUUCUACUCUUUUCCUGCUUUUCAGUCCCUUCCCUUCAUAGCAAAAGCCUCUUUAGUCUCUUUUAUUUGAAGGAGAGCAAACCACAUCCCCCAUCCCCUUGUUCUCUUUGCCCAUUGCUGAAGCUGUGUAGCCUCAGGGCAAGCUCUGUGAGUUCUCCCUGAUGCUCUGCCCUGCUCUGUGUUCUGCUAAAUCAGCAUUCUUCAUGGGCUGCUGGGUUGGUGCCUCUCAUGUCCUGUGUCCCUGCUGUGGGCUCUCAGCUCAGCCAUGAUCCUGAAGGGCACCUUCAGCUCUUUUCAUCCAGUCAGAUGCUAUUGCUCUUCUGAGGUGAUUUUUGUUUUUUAGUUAGAGCUUCACAUGGGUAUUCUUCCUGUCUUUUUGCUACUUGUCACGUUUUUCUGCUGUCCUCAGAUCACUGCCAUGCCAUCCACUCUCCAAUAGCUGAAUUUUUCCUUUGCUCUGUUCCAUGAGAAAGCAAGCCAGGUGGAGUUACACUGUCCAGAGGCCUCUGUUCUGUGGGUGCUGUCAUGCUCUCUUGUAUCACACACUCAGCAAGCUCUCACCUUUCCCCUCCUGCUGCUGGCACAGGCAGGAACUCCAUGUGUGUCUGUGGGGUGGCAUUGCUCAGGUUCCUUCUGGCCAGAAACCCUGUGUUUGUGAAAAGCUGCCUCCUCCUUCAGGACAUUCACCCUCUUUCCAUGUGCAAGCAUGCAGCUGGGGAGCUGAAAGCUUUGUCUGGCUGUAAACUGCCUCAGCUGCAACUGUGGCAGAUUUCUCAAGGGACCACUGAGUGUUACUCAAGGAAAAGAGACCCUGAGUGACUGCCUGGGGAGGUUCCAGAGGAGAACAGGCACAGCUUGAAGCUGAAGGAAGGAGUUUGUAAGCAAGCAGAAAGGAUGAAUUGCUUUCAGUGCCUUCUGCAACCCCUUCAGAUGUCUCAGGGGCCCUUGUGCAAAUAGCACAAGUUGUGUCCAAAUCAUUUUUGUAAAAUGUCUUUAAUUCUCUGUAUUUGGAAAUGAUCUCACAGCUUCUUUUAAUAAAAUCCAACCAUGGAACUUAGAAA